UGAGCACGGUUCAUGAAUCUGAAUGAGGGGUGUCUUGAAACCAGCAGCACAUUAUUGUCUGCGCCGUGAUUUAGAUCAAACCCCGUAGUGUGCGGACUACGCGUCGAACGUGCAGCAGCAGCUGGAUUUUAUAGCGGAUAGAGGAUAAUUUUGUUAUUUUCACAAAAGUUUACUGUAUGUAACCGUCACACGCGAGGCAAUCGGAGUGAAUCCGUUACAAGCCAAGGGCACCACGGGAACAGCUGCACACCCGGGAUGUGGAUGACCCACUGGAAAACUUGGAAAGAGUUUUUUGUUGAACGGAUUUCGGAAUACUUCUUGGAAAGGAUUACAUUCUGUUAAAACACACUACUAUUGGAUUUAUUUUCCUUUUUAUGCCGUUCACCACAGUUUUGUUGGGGCUCUAGUUGCAAACGAAGGGAAGCUUGCACAGAGCAUUCGUUUAAUUUUCCAACCCGCAAAUAGAUUUUCCCUGAACGUUCCGUUUGAGUAACAUGCGCGUGUGGAUACCACGAGCUGCCUUCCGUCGUGUUGCUUGAGAAGCGCAGCGCGAGCACGCCAGGACUGCUGAAGAAUUUUAAUCUUAAUUGAUCAAAAACGCCGCGGAAAGUUUAUUUUCGACUCUCUUCUCUUGUCUCGACAUCUGAACGGCUCUUUUAUACCCACGCUUGGUUUCAGGAGCAACUGGUCUCCCAACAAAGUGAGAACUUCAAUUUACCUUUUUUCAUUAUCGAACAUGGCGGUAUCGAAUGACUGGAUACACGCCAAUGGACUAGUCGUUGCCCUGAUUUUCUUAUUUUCCCACUCGUGCUGUGGACAGUAUCAUGGCGAAAAGGGCAUUUCGAUCCCCGAGCACGGCUUCUGCCAGCCCAUUUCCAUCCCCCUCUGCACGGACAUCGCUUACAACCAAACCAUCAUGCCGAACCUCUUGGGCCACACGAACCAGGAGGACGCGGGGCUAGAGGUGCACCAGUUCUACCCGCUGGUCAAAGUGCAGUGUUCCGUGGACCUCAAAUUUUUCCUGUGCUCCAUGUAUGCCCCUGUGUGUACCGUGCUGGAGCAGGCUAUUCCGCCGUGUCGCUCGCUGUGUGACCGCGCCAGGCAGGGUUGCGAGGCGCUCAUGAACAAGUUCGGGUUCCAGUGGCCCGAGCGGCUGCGCUGCGAGAAUUUCCCCGUCCACGGCGCCGGGGAGAUCUGCGUGGGGCAGAAUAUCUCCGACCCAGCCGGGCCCACAUCGGAGCCCACGCCCCGACUACAACCGGAGCUGAUCACCUUGCCGAGCGUGGUGCGCUCCAGCCCCCACCAGUUCUCCUGCCCGCUGCAGCUGCAGGCGCCGCCGUACCUCAACUACUACUUCAUGGGCGUGAAGGACUGUGGGGCUCCGUGCGAGCCCAACAAGGCCAACGGCCUCAUGUACUUCAGAGAGGAGGAGGUGAAGUUUGGUCGACUGUGGGUGGGCAUCUGGUCCAUCCUGUGCUGCGUCAGCACGCUCUUCACGGUGCUCACGUACCUGGUGGACAUGAGACGGUUCCGUUACCCGGAGCGCUGUAUCAUCUUCCUCUCCGGAUGCUACUUCAUGGUGGCCGUGGCCUACGCUGCGGGCUUCUUCCUCGAGGACAAGGUGGUGUGCAUCGACAAAUUCCACGAGGACAGCUAUCGGACGGUGGCCCAGGGCACCAAGAAGGAGGGCUGCACCAUCCUCUUCAUGAUCCUCUACUUCUUCGGCAUGGCCAGCUCCAUCUGGUGGGUCUUGCUCAGCCUCACCUGGUUCCUCUCGGCCGGCAUGAAGUGGGGCCACGAAGCCAUCGAGGCCAACUCGCAGUACUUCCACCUGGCCGCGUGGGCCGUGCCCGCCGUCAAGACCAUCACCAUCCUCGCCAUGGGCCAGGUGGACGGCGACAUACUCACCGGUGUGUGCUACGUGGGCAUCUACAACGUGGACGCGCUGCGCGGGUUCGUGCUGGCGCCCCUCUUCGUCUACCUCUUCAUCGGCACGUCUUUCUUACUGGCAGGCUUCGUCUCGCUGUUCCGCAUCCGCACUAUCAUGAAGCACGACGGCACCAAGACGGAGAAGCUGGAGAAGCUGAUGGUGCGCAUCGGGGUCUUCAGCGUGCUCUACACAGUGCCCGCCACCAUCGUCAUCGCCUGCUACUUCUACGAGCAGGCCUUCCGCCCACAGUGGGAGAAGACCUGGCACAUGCAGACAUGCAAGCGCUUCGCCGUGCCGUGCCCCGUGCACAACUUCGCGCCCAUGACCCCGGAUUUUACCGUGUUCAUGAUCAAAUACCUCAUGACGAUGAUCGUGGGCAUCACCUCCGGGUUCUGGAUAUGGUCCGGGAAAACGCUCCAGUCCUGGCGUCGUUUUUACAAAAGACUGAGCAAUAGUAGCCAGGGGGAGACCACAGUAUGAGCCCCACGACACACACACGUCGCCUUCAUACAGGCUGCAUCCCUCCUGAAAGUUACCUCGGAGCCAUAUGCCUACACAACACGCUUUGCAAUGUAAAUUCAACAAAUGGGCAGUCUAAUUUAACACUCGUGAUGUUGAGUAAUCUGCCUCAGUGUUGGAUUAACACUGCACUGUCUGCUGUGUGUUAGUCCUGGAUCCCCUUGGUCUGAGUUGGAGACAUAGUAGGCCAACAGGACACUAGCCAACCCCAUGGCACGAAUACUUCACACACAUAAGGGAUCAGCACCACACAUACAACCUCAGCUGGCGUAGCUCCGUGCGAGUUUCAUUUAAAGGAAUUAAUGAAUGAACGAACGGCUAUGGACACUCGAAAGCGUGCCAGGCUGUUUGGUUUUUCUGUUCUUUGUUAUUAUAAUUUGUUAAGCCUUCUGAACGCAAUACCAGAAGAACCUUCAUUGUUAUUCAAGCCUGUCUUAAAUAUUUGAUAUAUAACGUUUAUAUUCUUAAAGCAGAACGGUAUAUUUUGACUUUGUAUCAUGACACGUUUUACAGGGGUUGUCUGUGUUUAAAAAAUAGACAAAUGCAUUUCAUUGCGCUCUGCUAGGGCGAGGGCCAUGCCAUGCGCAAUGCACACAGACGGUUCAACAGUAUGUGUGAUUUUUAGCCCAGAAAACAGAAUGUUUGCCUUAUACGUCCUUCUUGUUUAGUUGGCAAAAUUGCUCAAGUUUCGCAGUGACCCUCUGACAAUCAUGCAUACCUCCCUGGAGAGGGGGGAUGGCACAGCAAAACAGCGUCCACAACCCCCUAUAGGCCUAGUGGUAGGCUAUCAUGCAUGUAUACAGCUGUGAGACUAUGCAAGCUACUUUUUAAAGACAACAAUAUUGUAAAUACUCACAUUUUUUCCUCAAAAGAAUAUAUGUAUUUAUGAAAAUAAUCUUGCUGUUUUUUACUUGAUUUUCAAAAAUGCGGUAAGAUACCAUUUGUAUAUGUACAGUGUCACUGAAUAAAAAAAAACUUAGAUUUUUAAACAGCCUUUCUGAAAGCUUUGUUUCCUCCUCUCUGGCUCACCGUAGCUGAGCUCUCCAUUUGCCCCGGACCAUAUGUUAGUAAUUUAACGCGCUAAAUUGCACCAGGUUCGCUCAGCAAAUGGAGCCGAGACAAGGGGGUUACUCUGGGACAUUUGGCCUCAGCCGAAUUCCCUCAAGAUCAGAGACAGACUAUGACUCCAUGGGGCCCUGGGCCAGACAGCAAGAAAGGACCCCCUCCAUGGGUGUUGCUACUCUAUAAAAAAUGUUCAUGGUUUCAGGCCAGAUGUUAGAGACCUUAUCUUGUUGGGAGUUUUGGGGUAUGUCCACGUGGACAAUUUGAAAAUAGAGUUGUGAGAAGUGUGACUUAAACGCAAUAUGAACAAGGAAAUAUAGAGGCGUGGGCUUCAGUGCCCCCUUG